AUGGUAAACCCAAAUGAUUAUGCUUCAUUUGACGAUUUUCAAAGAUACAAUGUAUCACGUUUAAUUGAUGAAUUUGCUGAUGAUUUAAUAAAAAUGUCCGGAAAAUGUAUGGAUAUCGGUUGUGGUCCAGGAGAUAUAACGAAUGAUAUUCUUUUGUCAUCUCUUGACCCAAAUGCAGUAAUAAUUGGUACGGAUAUUUCACAAAGCAUGAUCGAAUAUGCAAAUAUGACAUAUAGCGAUGAGAAAAGACUUGGAUUCGAAGUAUUAGAUACCCAAACUAAAAAUUUACCUGAGAAAUAUGUAUCGGAAUUUGACCACAUUUUUUCAUUCCACACUUUGCAUUGGUGCAAAGACAUUCGACAAGCGUUUGAAAACAUUUAUCGCAUGCUUCGACCUGGUGGAACUAUGCUUACAUUAUUCGUAGCAUCUCAUGAUACAUUUAAUGUUUUUGAACUAAUGGCACAAAAUAAUUAUUUUGCACCGUACAUGGAGGAUGUACAAAGAAGUAAAAGAGUUAGUUAA